GGUGAUGGGAAGAUGGGUUUAGUAAGGUAAAGGAGUGGGGUGAUGGGAAGAUGGGUAUAGCAAGGUAAAGGAGUGGAAUCUUGACAUGUAUGUUGGAAACACUGAAUGACAAAAACAUUGCAGGAAGCUUGUUUCUCGAUUCAUGUGUAAACAGGAAACAGACACUGAAAGAAACAGAAAAUUUAAACCUGAAUCUGACAAAAAUGUAUUAAAAGAUAAAUGACUCACUCGCUCAUCAGUGUCUUUCAUCUAUUUUAAUUUCAACAAGAGAAUGGACAUACAAAUUAAUUAAUUCUGUUUGUCCUAAUGAUUUUUGACAAUUUCAACAUUGUUUCUGAUCAAUUUUGCAUCUCAAACUUCCUGACAACCACAACAAUUGUGAAAAUGAUAUAAAUCCUAUAAAUCGUGUAAAUGUUGAAAUUAUUAUAAAUUAAUAAAAAGCAUAAUGCUUUGUAAACCACUCAAUGUUAAUCCAGUGUUCCAGAUGGCUUUAGAGUCAGUGCUGCAGCUCAUAGUUCCUGUUAAAAUUAGCAGUGAUCGUUUUGGGAAUGAUUAACCAUCAAAAGCUGGGGUAGCGUGUUCAAUCGGAGCUCAUCCCCCACUCCCCAUACUGGCGUGUGUACCUACGUACAUACAUGACGUUCUCAGCUCACUAGUGUUACUUCCCUCCUGACGUAGCAGCUGGACCUGGUAUCACUGGCUCUCCCAGCACGCCGGUAUAGCACAGCACCUCCCUGUGAAUGGACUUACCUGCGUCGUUAGUGGACUAUUUAUAGAUUCACAGGUGUAGGUGUGAAUGGAAAACGUGUGACAGACUGGACUCAAAUUGGCUAAAAACCUGACCUGGAGGAAUGAGAUAGAUCAGAUGUGGUGGACGGAUUGUGUCCGAGGUUUACACAUGGUCAUCAGCGAGUUCUGUUGUGUCUCUACCAUGUGAGACAUGGGCUUCAUCGCAUUCCUCCUUGUCUGAGACGCUACAGUGUGCUUGAAGGAUUCAUCUUUUUGGAUAAGAAUUGAUAACAUGUAAAAAUUGUGGACAGGUUAUAACCCCCUUCAGAAACCUCAUCUUGUGCAGUGAUUCUCGCAGGGAAAUGGAGGAGUGGAUUAGUGCUUUAAAAAUGGCUGCCAACAAAGAAUAUUACGAGAUGGAGGUCAACAGAUGUCUUUUUGAGCAGGGUACUACUAGUCACACAGAGAUGAUGUCAGGGCAACACAACUGGUACGCCUGUUCCCACGCACGCCCUACGUACUGCAACGUGUGUCGGGAGGCUCUCUCCGGGGUCACGUCACACGGCCUGUCCUGUGAAGUUUGUAAAUUCAAGGCUCAUAAGCGAUGUGCAGUCCGUGCUCCGACAGACUGCAAGUGGACAUCACUGUCAUCCAUCGGCAAAGACAUCAUCGAGGAGGAGGAGGAGGGAAUCUCAUUACCACACCAGUGGCUGGAAGGCAACCUACCUGUCAGUGCUAAAUGCAAUGUCUGUGAUAAAACCUGCGGCAGCGUUCUCCGUCUCCAAGACUGGCGCUGCCUCUGGUGUCGAGCUAUGGUGCAUACGACAUGUAAAGAACAAUUCUAUAGGAAAUGCCCCCUUGGUCAAUGCCGCUUGUCUGUGCUACCUCCCAUCGCUAUUAACAGCAUUGACUCGGACGGCUACUGGGAGGCGACCCGACCCCCGGGGACCAGCCCGCUACUGGUGUACGUCAACACCAAAAGUGGGGACAAUCAGGGAGUAAAAUUUUUACGAAGAUUUAAGCAGCUGUUGAAUCCUGCUCAGGUGUUUGAUCUCAUGAAUGGCGGCCCCUACCCAGGGCUACGAUUAUUCCAAAAAUUUGAUUCCUUCCGUAUUCUCAUCUGUGGGGGCGAUGGCAGUAUUGGAUGGGUGCUUUCUGAGAUUGACAAACUAGAUCUACAUCGACAGUGCCAAAUAGGGGUGCUACCGUUCGGGACGGGGAAUGACUUGGCGCGGGUCCUAGGGUGGGGGGCAGCGUUCGACGACGACACACAACUUCCAGCUGCACUGGAGAAACUGGAGCAUGCUCAGAUCAAAAUGUUGGAUCGCUGGAGUAUAUGGACGUACGAGGGCACCAUGCCGCCUCCUAGAAAACUGUCUCAACAGACUGAUCCCAUCUCCCAGUAUGAGGACUCCGUCGCUGCCCAUCUGUCCAAAAUACUUCAUUCCGAAGAUCAUCAGGUUGUGAUAUCCUCUGCCAAAGUUUUAUGUGAAACUGUCAAAGAUUUUGUAGCCAAAGUGGGAGAUUCUCAUGAGGAGGAGCCUGAGAAGGAAGAGCCCGAGGGAGAGUCUAUUGCCAUGAAGUGUGCUGUGUUAAAUGAGAAACUAGAAGGGUUGUUGAAGACUCUCAACCAUGAAUCGAAGGCUUCAACAGAGGAGCCGGAGGAGGAGAUUGUGGAGGAGCCUGUGAUUGGCUCCCCGGAGAGAGACAUAGUCCCAGGGGAGAUAACUGGCCCCAUCAAAGUCAGAUCUGCUAUAUUCCGACCCCGAGAUGCCUUGAUGUCACGAGCCAACAGCUUGAAGAAAGCGGUGCGGCAGAUCAUAGAACACACAGAGAAAGCUGUUGAUGAACAAAAUGAGCAGACGCGGCAGAUGAUGCUUGAAACAGGGGCAGAUAAUCGGGACGUAGAGAACGCUGGCAUGACAGACGGGACGACAUCUCGGUCGGCUCCAAGCUUCUCAAUAUUCACAAUGGAGCCACCGCCUCCUCCUCCUCCACCGGCUCCAAUUUGGAUGGAUGGGUCUCGCUCUCCUAGAGGUCCGUCGUCACGUAGGAUCAGCAGUAUGAGUACGUUCAACCGCUCCGCCAGCGUGGGCUCCAACCUCUGCACCAACAGGGACACCCUGCAUGUGCCCCCCACGCCCGGACUGCCCACAUUUGACCAUCACCACAUGAUGCUGCCUGGGAUGAGCAGCAGUCUGGCCAAGACUCUGGGUGGAGGCAGCUUCAUCAGCAAGGUGCUUCUCGCCAAUGCCGAUGCCCUCUGUGCAGCAGCAUCACCGCUAUUAGAAGAAGAUAUCCCAGAGCUGUACACAGAGAGAUGUGUUAUGAACAACUACUUUGGUAUUGGCCUCGACGCCAAGAUCAAUCUAGAGUUCCAGAUGAAGCGGGAUGAGCAUCCCGAGAAGUGUAGGAGUAGGACGAAGAAUCUGAUGUGGUACGGAGUCCUGGCCAGCAAGGAGAUACUGCAUCGCACCUUCAAGAACCUGGACCAGAGAGUCCUCCUGGAGUGUGAUGGACAGAGAAUUCCCCUGCCUAGUCUUAAGGGGAUCGUCAUUCUAAACAUUCCAAGUUAUGGUGGAGGGGCAAAUUUCUGGGGUGGUACCAAAGAAGAUACAAAUUUCACUGCGCCAAGUUUCGAUGACAAGAUUCUGGAAGUGGUAGCUGUGUUCGGGGGAGUGCAGAUGGCGGUGUCAAGGGUCAUCGACAUUCAGCAUCAUCGAAUCUGUCAGUGUCGGACUGUGAAGAUCACCAUCCUGGGGGACGAGGGGGUACCUGUGCAGGUGGAUGGGGAGGCAUGGACCCAACCCCCGGGCUUCAUCCGCAUCGUGCACAAGAACCGCGCACAGAUGCUGACCAGAGACAGGACUUUCGAGAAUGUGUUAAAAUCGUGGUCUGAGAAGCAGAAGACGGAUCGAUCAGUCAGUCCACAACCAGCACCCUUGUCGGAAGAUGAGGCUCACAUAUUACUGAAUUUCGUGGAGGCAGCAGCAUCGCUCAUUCGAUGUGUGAAAGUAGCUGCCCGAAGUCAUAGUACAAUAGAACAAGAGUUAUUUCCCCUUGCUCAACAAGCCUCUUCCUGUCUGGAUCGUCUGUACCCAUCAGGAAAACUUCCUGAGCUUGAGUCUUCGGAGUCUGAGACCUACCAGCCCACACUGCGGAGUCAAGUGUCCGACCUGCUACACAGUGUGAAACUCCUCUACAACGAAGCAAGCCUCUUCCUCUCUGACAAGGCACCAGCCAUGUCCAAUGUUCACCUGUGGCACGACAUCGAGGAGAAGCUGAGCAUGUGCCUGGCGACCCUUGAGGAAGAGAUGAGGAAGGUGGCCAACAUCAGCGGUGUGGGCCAGUACACACAGACACCAGAGGAAGUGCAGAUGAUAGAACAACAUAAGCGCCACAAACAUGGUGGCAAGUUCAGCAAGGUGUACAGCAAGUUGAAGGGAAAGGGGAAGGAGAAGGAGAAAGGAGGCCGGAGUAGUCUCCCUCCAGGGUUUGAAGUUCGAGGCUGGACCCCCGAGGAAGUUGGUGUCUGGCUGGAGAAACUCUCACUAGGGGACUACCGCGAGGCCUUCAUCAGCCACGAGAUCCGCGGGUCAGAGCUCCUCAACUUGGAGCGCAGAGAUCUCAAGGACCUCGGGGUGACGAAGGUGGGACACUUGAAGAGAAUCCAGCAGGGCAUCAAGGAGCUGCUGAACAGGGAGCUGGCGCUGGAACGAGCCGAGAAGGCCAGCUCCUGACAUUUAGCUGCCGUUGCUGCCGAUGCUGCGAUGUCCUACUGACACUAACGUCGCUGCUGAAGCUGCUCUAUCGGACAGACUGCAAUGUUUAGAGUGCUCCAUCAGCACCAUCAGCAUCAGCACCUGAUGACAUGGACUGUCUGGAUGACAGGGUGUGGUGACGUCAUCAGACAGCGUCGACCGUUGGCAUGCACGAUGUUGUAUGAUAUUGUUAUGUGAUAAUCCCUGGGACCACGGCUGUUUCAGCACUUUAUUUCUAUGAACACUUCCGACAUUUAUUAUUGUUUCGUUUGUGUAAGGUGAAAGCUUAUAGAUACAACCUCAAGAGCGUGUAUAUUAUCCAGGUUUUUGAUCAUCCUUUGUUAAUAUGGCUCGGUCAUUUGCUUAUCAUGGAACAAAGGAGUUUGGGCUGGGAAAUGUUUCUCACACAUGGGAAGGUUAAACAGUGCUCUUGAAUAUUAAAUUAUUACUUUUGUAAGUUGAAAAGGUUCAUUUAAUUUUGCAAUUUGUAGUUACAGAGAUGCUGAACAUUUGAAAAAGGGUCUAUUCUUGAUUUUAAUGGAGCUCAGCUGGCCUGAAAGAGUUACUCUGUCGUGGAACUAAUCUUUUUCAUAAAAUUGGCAUCUUUGUACUAAGCUGGAAAUUCUUUCAGCGUAUUAAGCAAAGUCCCUCAUGUUUUGCUGUAUUGACAAGGCAAGAUAAAUCUGAACAUAGUGCUGUUUUAAUUUUGUUCAUGCUCAUACUUGUGUUAUUGAGGGAAUAUUGUCCGGAAUAUUCCCAACUUUUUUACCUCCCUGCAUCAUCGCUUUCACAAACCCUUCAUAAUAGGGCCAUAUAAAAAUGUUUUUUAGACGGUUAUACAACUUGCAGCUAGCCUGCUCCUCAAUGACAAUAUAUUACCGUAAUCAAAUACAUACCAUGCCUGUCCAGUAUUUAUUUACAUAUUUAUGUGUAAUUUAUCAUUUUCACACAAGAAAUGUCCAAAAGACCAUUAUGUUUUUAGAUCUACAUUUGAGGCAUUAGUUUAUGUUUUGUAUUAAUGAGAAGCAUGUUACUGGAAGUGUCAUGUUUAAGUUCAAAUAUUUGUUGCAGAGAAUUUUGGUGAGUGUGAAAAAUGUGUCACUUUCUAUAUGUUCUAAAUGGCUUUAACUUAUUUAUUCUGCCAAGAUACAAAUGGUUUCAAACAGGAAUAUUCAUCUUAUAUUUGUAAGAUAGUAUUGAAUGUAUCUUUCAUUCCUAUUUUGUAUAUUUUGCAUUGUUUAGGUAUAGCCAGAAUUUCGUAUUGUACAGCAGGUCUGUAUUAAAGUCUCUGUAUGACCAAAGAGCCAUUGCAGGGCCCUGUUCUACAAAUUGAUCUUAGCGCUAAGACAGUCGUAACUAGUGCUAAGAUCUCUUUGGGGAACAGGGCCUUCGACCUUAUUCCAUAAAUGAUCUGAGUACCUCAAAGAUCGUAUGUCUAUAUUAAGGUAUGUUCGUUUUUUGGUCUUAGCGCUAUGAUGAUCAUACAUUUAUGUUGAGGUAUUGGUGUUACGAUCGUCUUAGUACUAUGAUUAUUGUAUGUCUUUUUCAAGGUAUGAGAGUUGCAAUCGUCUUAGCGCUAAGAUCGCUGUGCAGAUUGUGAGACACAGCUCCAACGAGUAUAUGCUUGUGUUCAGGUGUGGGAGUUGUGAUCGUCUUAGCGCUAAGAUCGCUGUGCAGAUUGUGAGACACAGCUCCAACGAGUAUAUGCUUGUGUUCAGGUGUGGGAGUUGUGAUCGUCUUAGCGCUAAGAUCGCUGUAUGGAACGAGGCCCUGGGAUGGAUGUGUUCCUGGCUGGUGUGACUCACAUGUAGUAACCAGCAUUGUAGUCAUCAAUGAUAAUCAUUGUCUCAUUCAUUGUCUCAUUCAGUUGGGACCCGUGAAGAUCGGGGGAAGAACAGGUCUUCAGUAACCCAUGCUUGCCGUAAAAGGUGACUAUGCUUGUCGUAAGAGGCGACUAACAGGAUCGGGUGGUCAGGGUCGCUGACUUGGUUGAUGCAUGUCAUCGUAUCCCAAUUGUGUGGAUCUAUGCUCAUGCUGUCACUCACUGGAUUGUCUGGUCCAGACUCGAUUAGUUACAACCGUCGUCAUAUAGCUGGAAUAUUGCUGAGUGCGGCUUUAAACAACACACAAACGAAUCACUCAGUUGGACAUUGUUGCCUCCAGUUUAUAAGCUCAGUUGACAGUGGUUUUAAAAGAUUUGAAAAACACAGGUUAUGUAGAAUAGAAUAGGAACAUUGAAAAUUCAAACACUGACAAAUUUUAGUGUCAAUCAAGAAUGGUCAGAUUUAUUUGUUAUAAUAUCUGACCUUGUUAAUUUUUCUGCCAUAAUUCUGAUGCUGAAACGAUACACUGAAAUCACAGAUAAAUUCUUUGUAUAAUCCAAAGUUAUUGUUAUUUUAAAUGAAUACACGAUCAAAUCGAAUAGUCACAUGCUAGAGCUGAAGUGUUGAUCAGUACCAAUUUAAAGAUGCCCCAAUGUCAAUAUCAAAUGAUACAUAUUUGCACAGAGAAGCAUAUUGUAUACCAUGACGGAAAAAGAGCAACGUAAAAAAACCGGGUGUUUUGUGUAGUCCAUACUGUAAAAUUAGUAUCUCAGUGGAUCGUUUCAACCUUACAAAAUUCUCCUUAUCCAAAUGUUUACUGAGAAUGGAGUCCCCAGUGCCGGGAGGUGCUGUCAUGUUCUCGUGCAUCCCCUAGGGCAGGCCUCGACUACCCACGUGGCCGAGAUAGCAUUCUUUACUAGUUUUCUUUUUUGUGGCGUUUUUUUCACAAUGCAACAAAUCCUUUUAUGUACCACAAGAUGUCCUAGGCUCUACAUGGGAUUUCUAGAUUUGACACUGGAUGUGUCCCUUAUCUAGACAGAUGUUCCAGUUUUUAGAUUCAACGGUUUCAAGUUCUAGAUUUCAACAUGUUCCAUUUUUCUAGAGUUGAUAUGUUGAUAUGCCAAUUUUGUAGCAAGAAUGUUCGAUAUGUAGACAGUGAUUUAGGUAUGUUGUUUUCUGACUGAGCACUCGGAUUGUGGAACAUUGGCUACUACGUGUUUAUUACUUGUUUUCAAGACGGUGCAAGCUGUGUGGGUCCCUCCUCCAUAGAAUAGUGUUUUGUAAUUAUGACUGUGGUUAUGUUUGUUGUAUAGUUCCCAUAUUGGAUGUUGACAGUUGUUGGUGUAUUGACAGCCUGUAUUGGCUGUAUCCGUUGUACUUGUUACAUUUUCAUGUCAAGUCUUUGAGUCUCCGAGGACUCGUCACAUGAUAGCGUUUUCAAAAUUUUGUAUAUAUUUUCCACAUUUUGUACCUUCGAAUACCGUCAUAUCCUAAUGGUGACUUUUUGUGCAAACACAUACCUUUUCUAUAUUGCCGAUAUUUGAUACUAUCUUGCUUAUGUUUUUUAUACAAGCGACAGUUAAAAAGAUGUGGUGAUGUAUGAAGUUGAAUGAUGUUUUUGUUUUAGCAUUUGAACCAUUUUGAGAUUUAUUUUUUAUAAAGUGAUUUCAUGAAUGUCUAUAUUAUUUACUGAAUAUAUUUUUGUUAAAUAAAUAGCACCAUCUUCUUGUCAGAGAAUACUAUUAGGCAGUUAUUACAAUUAAGAUUCUCUGUUUGGAGGGGCCAGAACUCAAGUAAUUGCAGGUCAAGGGACAUAACUCUUAUCAUGUUUUCACAGACAUUUUUUUUAAUGAAACUGAAUAUUGACAUUUUUAUCGCAUAAUUGAUAAAUUGUUUAACAUCAAAAAAUUAUUUUUUCUAAGAACUGUAUCUGGAUAAAAAAUGUCAUAAUUUUGCUUGCCAACACAAAGAGCAAAUUUUUACAUCAGGGCAUUACAUCAGUGAUCUCGAGGGAUCCAGUACAUUGAUUUAUAGACCUUGCUGUGUUUAAGUAUUUUGGGGGAUUUGGUGAACAAUUAAAACAAUAUGAAUAUUUACUAUGAAAACAUCAUUCAACUUCAGCCAGUAGUCAGGAUUCGAUGUGAAGACAAUGUUUGAUGGGACAGAGGAAAGCAAGGAUUCAAAUGGCACGUUUAUUUAUUACAAACCAGUUUAUUUUCCAGAGCUGUCUCGGUAAAUUGUCAAUAAUGCAUUGAAAGUAUUUUUACUAUCACUGUGAAAGAUACUGACAGUAAGAUAAACAAUUAUCAUCUGGUACCGAAAGGCCCUGUUACUAUGUCAGUGUCUCGAUAAGAAAUGAUUUGACACUUUAUCGAAACGGUUUUGUUUGGUGAACUGGCAUUUUGUUCACUAUAGCCCAUAAUGGGCAUCACAUGUAUAUAUUUUCUGACGUAUAGAAUUCUAUUUUUGCAUGGCUUGAAUCUGAAUCUGUUGAACUUGAUCUACUUGAGGAGGCAGUAUUGCAGAAGCUUGCUAGGAAUUGACUUUUGUGUGAAGAUUUAAACCCAGAUUUAUGCCUAAUAUUCUCACUGCUUGAAGUGUUGAGUUUUUUAAAGAUUAUGGAGAUGUUUUGAUUUUUGCCACAGUAAAUUAUUCCAUCAGGGACAGGGCCCACCACCCACAAGUGUUUGUAGCGCUACGAGAAUCAGAAGUGGAACUAUGGAGAUACGACAUUUGUAGUGCUACAAAUGUUUUGUCGAGGCCAAGGAUAAGAAAUAUUGUUUUGGACAUUUCAAGUGCCCUGCUCUCAAGUGCCUCACAUAUUUUGAUAACGGAAUUUCCUUAACUACCAUAUCCCGUGUCUCCUGCCAGUUUGUCUGUACAGUCUACCAGUGACUGAAGACCAUCAACAUCAACCAUGAUAGAAGUAUUUGAAGCCUUUCGCUCACUGACUGAACGAUUGCUUCUUUAUACAUGUGUAUAAUUUAUAGAACCUGAAAUUGCAUUUUUAUGCCUUUGCCUAGUGAUAAAAAAUAAUUUAGCAAAAUAAUCAAAAGAUGGGUUAGGCUAUUGAAUGAAUUUCAAUUUCCGAUCAAGGUUUCCCUAAGUGAUACUGUCUUCUUGAUCCUUGAGAAUCAACACUCUUCUUGUCCUUGGCACCAAGGACAAACUGGUCCUAGCAUUCCGCUCACAGUCCCAGGAAGCUGCAGUGGGGACUAACCCCGUGGCACAAGGUAGAGUUAACAUACUAAAAUUCUAACAUUGUCAUAGUGGGGAUUUUCCUGUAGAGGUGUGGCUUGAAGUGAACUCAUUCUGAAAACUGUUGUGUCAGUUAUUUGGGAGUUCAGGGUCAAAUAGCUCUUUUAUGGGGUGUAGUUUUUCCUUGGCUGCUUCCUGGAGACUGAAGAAGAUGCAGGAACAUGUUGUCCGUGGUGACGAAGAUUAUCUCUUCUGUGAUAUCACCUUGUGACACAUCCAUGAUGCAUCAGUGUUCCCAUGGUAACUAGUGUUUCCUCUGCUUCCAUAUUGUCUGCAAAUGUUGUAUUUUAUACUGCCCAUGUCAAAAUGUUCUGUGUUAAACGGCUUCACAUUAGGACUUUUCACCAGCUUUAGAUAUGUUAGAAAUCAUCCCCUCCUGCAAUAUUUUUGAAAUCAUGUACAACUUAUUACUCUUAAAGAGAGAUCUUUUCUAAUAAUUUCAAAGCAAACAGUGUUUAAAUUUAAUAUUUACCAACCUUUAGGUAAUGGUACUAGAGAUUUAAAAAAAAUUGUAAUGAAAAGAAAUCUCAUACACUCCUAGAGAAAUUAUAAAAUGCAGGUUUAGGUCUUAUAAUUUUAGGCCCUGCUAAAGAAAAUGGUAUUUUACUUCAGAAAAAUAGCUUCAAACUUCUUCGUGUUUGUGUGCCUUACAGUAUACAUCUUUCACUGUAGAUGGUGGUGUACAGAUCUUAUUUGUCCAUGCUUUGGGCCCCAGGUGUGCACCAUUGGCCCCGAACAUGGACAAAUGUUAUACUGGCAACUCACUUUAGUCAGCUCUUCAUCGUCACACUGUAACAUUUCAUAUCAACUUUUUCUAAUGUCUUUUAUAUUUUUAUAUUCUUUUAGCGGACACAUAUUGUUUCAUAUGCUUGAUGAAACUCCAUGUCGAUGUUCACAAGAUACAAUCAACAAAAUGAAAAAUAUGUACUUGUUCACACUUACGAGGUUCUCCCCCCCCACACACACACACACACCAUCCCAAAUUUUGGACACUUGUUUCUUUUUGUGAAUGUUUUUUUUGUUAUUGCUGUGAAAUUCUAGUAACUAUCUACCUACCAACGAAUGUAUUACCAACACUCUGUGACUUAAUCUUCCAAAAUUGGGGAGAAACAACUUUCUUGGCUAAGAUUCUAGAAACCAUGAGGAUAAAUGUUGUGAUUUUAGGAAAUGUUAGCCAAAAAGAGUUGUCUCCCUUUGAGGACUUCUUACAUUCCAAUUGCUGUGCCUCCAUUGAAUUGAUUUCAGAGGGAUGAGUGGACAAGGGACUAUUCGCUUCCUCAGGAAUUUGAAGUCUCAUUGUACAUCGUGUCUGUCAGACAAAUCUGUUCAACACAAUUCUCCUCACAACUAGGGUAAUUUUUUUUUUGCAGUGUUUUGGAAAAUGUCUGCAGCUAAACUCUGGUGGGGAGUGCAUAUCUGUAUUCGUCACAUCCAGAGCAUAAAUAAUGUAAGAGUAACGUGUUAUUUUACUUAUCCUGACCAGGAAAGUAUGUGUAUAAAUCAAAUAUUACUUGGAGCACAAUUGCCAAUAUAACCUUUACAGAUAUUUUUUCUUAUCUCAAUUUUUCUUCCUAGUGUCUGCGUGAAACUUACAUGUGAUAGGUACAACUUCUUAUUUUUGAAAGAAAACAAUAAAGUGAAAAUCCCUUAUCACAAAAA